ACGUGACGUCACAACAAUCGUUGCCAUUCCCGUGAGUGCCGCAGCUCGCCGACGAAGCUUCUUUUAACUGAUUAAAACCAUGUGUUUUCAUAUAUGAAUUUGACUAAAUGUAUUGUAUAGAUAUUUGUAGAGCUGUUAGGAGUUGUGUGAACCCAAACCCCGCGUCUCGCUCGUGACUGACGGUAAGUUUGACCGCUUUAAUCAGUCCGUCAGAUGGAGUUGUUCUGUCACGAGCUUGUCGAAACGGACUCGAGCUCCAGACCGGUUCGGGCGUUCAGAGACGCGGUUCUGACCCGAGACUCGCGCGUCUGUCAGAACCUGCUGAGAUCGGAGAGACCGAGCAUCAAACCCGGAACCGAGUCGAGCGACGAGCAGCGCUACGUGCGCCCAAUCCUAACGGGAUGGAUGCUGCAGGUGUGUGAGGAUCAGAAGUGUGAGGAGGAGGUGUUUCCUCUGGCCGUUCAUUACCUGGACAGGCACAUGUCCCAGAAUGCCGUGCGCAGGUGCCGUCUGCAGCUGCUGGGAUGCGUCUGCAUGUUCCUGGCCUCCAAACUCAGGGAAUCGGUUCCUCUGAGUGCCGCCAAGCUGUGCGUCUACACCGACCACGCCGUCACCGUCCCAGAGAUCCUGCAGUGGGAGGUGCUGCUGGUGUCGCGUCUGGACUGGGAUCUGGCUGCGGUUCUGCCGUCUGAUUUCUUGGAGCCGCUGCUGCAGACGCUGCCGCUGAGCACCGAGGACACGGCAUCGGUCCGGAGACACGUGCUCUCCUACAUCGCGCUGAGCUCCACAGAGCUGAAGUUCUCGGUCUUCGCUCCGUCUGCGGUGGCCUGCUCGUGUGUGACGGCAGCCGUGAUCAGACUGGAUGUCCUAAAGAACGAAUACGGCCCCGACGGCCUGCUGCAGCUGCUGAGAGACGUCCUGGACACGGACAUGGUGUCCCUGCGCUCCUGUUUCUCGUCGCUGGAGGAGACCAUCAAUCGGGUGCUGCCGUCUCCACCCGAGCAGGACCUCCCGCUCUGACAGCUGGAUGCAUCAAACCCUCUCCAGCCAAUGGAUUCUAGUGUUUUCCCACUUAUUGUUGACGGUUCCGGUACAUUAGCGUUUGUUGGUGAUGUUCGCAUUAGUUUUAACGUCGCAGACGUUCUGCACCCAAGCAAAUAUUUGCAUUGUCAGGAAACCUUCGCCCUGUCAAACACACACACUGCAUGAUUUCACACGACAUUUAUUUCAUGCGCUGCUCUUAGACUCGAAUGUAUGUUAUUGAUAGACUCCUUUUCAAUUUUAAAGACAUGUAUGUGUGAAAAUAAACAGCAUUGAUGUGGAUGGUGAAUGGUUUUAAUGUGCUGGUUUAAGCAGAAAUGCCCUGACCCUGAAGUCAAAAGAUCAAUAGAAUGGUUUUGCAUUAAGAAAAUGAGCCUGUUCUUCAUCAUGCGAUUCUUUUUAAGAUUAGAUUUUAAUUAAAACUAGCAUAAAUUAAAUUCUGAACCACAAACACUACCAUGAUAUAUACUGGC